AUGAAUACGAAUACAAGCGUGAUCAAUCUCGCGCCGGAAAAUUAUGAUUUGUUUAUCAGAUACAUCCGAUCAACAAACUUCGUUUUAUCAUGCACGGGUCUUCUCUUUAAUUUCCUCCUUAUCAUCUUCCUGUCUCUUAUCGGUCGACAACAAUGUACAACAUAUUUCCUAUUAAUGCUAAUGACUUUAUGUGAUCUAUUAUAUUGUACAGUUUAUGUUAGUAUUGUUCUUACCGUCGAUCAUUACGUUAAUCUAAUAAAUCAUGAAAUUCUUUGUCCAUUAUCAUUCUUUCUAACCCCGUUUACUUUUACUGGCUCAACUCUACUUCUUCUUAUUUGCCUUCUACACGGUCUAACAAAUUAUGUUCGAAAAUAUGACACAGUUUUAGGUCAAAUCGGUGGACGUUUAUCAAUUGUGUUUGUCCUUGCAUUCAUCAUUAUUCGAAGUGUUCUCAGCUCGACAUCCAUCGAAUUGAUCACUCCUGAUGAGAAUGCCACCGACAUCCGUUAUUGUACAAUCGAUAUGAAUACAUCACCCAUAGUCACAGCUGUACAGAAUAUCAAUCAGGUUUUUGCCGAAGUCACAGACAUUCUCGUCUAUAUCGGAUGGAUUAUUGCCUUAUUAAUGUACACAAUCAGUUUGAUUUGUUGUAAGAAGAGUUGCUUUUGCAACCAGACAGAAGCGAAUCUGUCAGCAAUGGUCAAACCGUACUCAUUUGCUACAUUAUUAGUUCAACAGAAUAAUCUUAUCAAUCAAGAACCAAAUUCCGUCGCAGUAACAAUGGAAUUACCAGACAUGUUGAAUCUAUCGAAUGAACCUAUUUUAACCAACAAACAACGGCAUCAGGAUGUAUUAUUGAUUACUCUGUCAAUAAGCUUCAUUUCAAUUAUAUUUUAUUUACCAAUUAUGAUUAAUAAAUAUUCGACGAUGUAUUUUGUUUAUCGUGAACGCGCUCUACUAACCGAUGAGCAAGCGUAUUUCCUACAAUUGUUACAACACACUGGUCAUCUGUUUUGCUUGUCCGUUCGGUUUCUUCCGUACUUUAUUUUUGAUAAACGGAUUGCAGUCGUUCUUAACCAGUUGAUAGGAAUAAAGUGCAUGAAAAUGCAACAAACUAAACGACGUAAGUAUUAUUUCAAGCAAAAAUAUAUCUGCACGUGCCAAUGUUACCGACGGCAGCAAAUCUUAACAUUCACGAGCAACAACAACAACGACGACGACCAAUGA